AUGGAGCGGCAAGAAACAGCCGAGCACCAAGCAGAUGAUCGAAUAAACGAAGCUACACUUGCAGACAAAGCACUAAUAUCCAGUGAUAAUAUAUCCUGCAUCCAAGUGCCUCCCAACACCGUAGUCAGCGGUGACCAAUCACGAAUCAAAGAUGCUGCGGAUAAUCAGGGAUAUAAGAACCGCUGGAAGAAGGUGCCGACCGUCGUACGAUUCGUAUCGCUGCUCAGUCGUGAGCCAAUGGGCAAUCAGGCGUUACGAAGGGAUUCGUUCAUAGAUCGAUUCACUAAUCGCCGACCGGUUGACGAUACAAACUACACUGUUCGAACAUGUAUGACCGAGGAUUCGUAUAGCCCCUGGUCGGUAGGAUCAUCCGGUCAGCACGCAUCAAUCAGCAAGGAUGACAAGCCAAACAAAUCAAAUCAAUCCAGUCCAGCCACGUUCGUGGAGAAAAUGCUUUACGGUGUGGGGACCGGUAUUGGAAUCGAUCGUCGCAGUGUGGACGAAGAUUGUGUCUUCCCAUUCGAUCUGAUCCCGGAUCAAGAAAAGAUGAGGGUGUUGGGAAAAAAGCCAUGCGGGUUGCCAUGCAUCUUCCAACCGUACAGUCUGGCUUUACUGGUGUGGCUAACCGCAGUCUCACUGGCUGUAUUGUACAAUUUGUGGUUACCGAUAGCUCGUCAAGCAUUCUACGAACUACAAGCGCAAAAUACUCUGGUAUUUCUUAUUCUUGAUCUUUGUGCUGAUUUGAUAUAUUUGCUGGAUUUUGUUGUUCAACUGGGAACUACAUACCUGGAGUGUGGUCUGGUGGUUAUCAAUCGAAGGAAACUGGCUCUACGAUACGUGAAAUCUUGCAACUUUCGCAUGGACGUGAUUUCCAUUAUCCCACUGGAUUUGUUACAAUUGAAAUUGGGCUCCCAACCAAUGCUUCGGUUUCCACGAUUUGUUAAAAUCUAUCGGGCACGGCUGUGGAAAAUUAAAAUAGAGAACCGAUCAUUGUUCCCCAAUGUUUGGCGUGUAUUGAACUCGAUCCAUGUCCUAUUCCUCGGCUGUCACUGGUUCGCAUGCAUCUAUUAUAUGAUUUCAAAAUACGAGAAAUUUGACAGUCCUUGGGCGUACAAACCGGAAAAUAUAACAGCUGGUGUCAAUUUGGGGAGGAGAUAUUUGAAAUGUUACUACUGGGCAACCUUGGCGUUGACCACCAUCGGAAUUGAGGAAGGACCGGUUACUAAUGUGGAGUAA